AUGUCGACGAGGUCGCCCGACCGAAACCGUUAUCGUUCCAAUUUCCUCACUGAUGGGACCUUCGCCAAAGUUCUCACGUUCACCGCGUGCGCACGUUCUUUCUCGUCGACUUUUCUUACCCUUCAAGUUCCCCGUCUUUCAUCGUUGCGUUGCCAUGUUCACUACGCUGGGGGAUCAUCAUCAAUGCCUUCUGGAAUAUUACUUGUCGCGGGUGGAGUCAACUUGAUGCCGCCGCCCUCUCGCCAUUAUCAGGAUCCUCCGUAUAAAUUGUUAGCAGCAGAGCGAUUCCCAGCCGCCCUCUUGACUUCGACUCGACAUCUACGACAAUCCUUACUAGCACCCACACAAUUUCCCACUCAGUCGCGUGUGCUGCAUUCCCCCUCCCUUCCCCCCUUCAUGUCGAUGCUUCCCCAAGAAAUAAUAGAUCAAAUAAUCGCCUACCUCCACGACGACACUCAAUCACUUCGCGCAUGUUCCACAGUAUACCGCACAUGGACGCAAUCAAGCCAACGCCAUAUAUUCCAUCACAUCAGCAUCGAUCUCCAGCCCUCUAGCAGCAUUGUACCGACAUUUUCCCAAUCCCUAACUUCAACGCCUCACAUCGCCGAGUGUUUGCAGCACUUAUCAGUCAGCGAAGAGACUUCCUUGGGACGGGCUGACAACCCCGACAUGCUGUAUUCUAUACACAGCCUCACAGCGCUCUUUCCGGUGCUGGUGAACCUGACUACCCUCCACAUCAACUUCAAUUUUUCACCAUGGGAACCCAGCCACGACAUGGAGAAUAUGCUUCUCACCGCAGUUCAUACUCCAACCCUCGCCGAGGUCACUUUUGCCUCUAUCAGCUCGCUGCUCCAUCCCCGGACUGUCCUAUCCUUGUUUAGGGGAACAUCUGUCAAGAAGCUAUUCAUCCACGACUGGGAGGGAAGUGGCACGGUUGAAGGUCCUGUUCCACCGGGUAUCCCCUUACCAUCGAUCUCAUUUCUUUCGCUCUCUUUCAACUACUCAAUGGCUAAUAAAUGGGAUCCCAAAACUUAUAUCGGCGACUUUCCGCACCUAGCAACUUUCCGGGUCGUCGUUGAAUACUGGGAUGAGCUUGUAGCACACUGCCGCGCCAUCGACCGAAGGUUUCCUAGUAUUGACACGUUUCAAUGUCACUGGGAGGGCGCCCAUUUCUCUCUUAGUCCUAGAGAUUCCGGUCCUAUCUCUGUCCCGGACAUUACGCACUUCCGUCACAUCCACCUUACAAUCAAUGCUCGGCACGCCCACUGGGUCCAGGUGCACCAAAUCGUAUUGUGGUGGGGAUACGUCUUUCGUAACGCUGGCAAUUCUAUUAUCGAGACGGCAACGUUGUCGUUCCCUAUGCGGUUUCCUCUGGCGUCCGGUUCGGAAGAGGCAUCGUGGUGGCAUACUCUAGAUUCCCUUCUAGCGGACCAGCGAUUAGCUCGCCUACACACCGUACAUCUCGAGGCUAUACAAUACCGGAACAGUACCAAUGUUGAUCGCUUGGCGGUAAAGUCAAGGGUGGAGGUCGCUUUCCCGGAACUUUACCGUUUGAUGAUUCUUAAACUCAAAAUAUUAGACAUUGUGUACCAUGGCCCUGCUCUACUGUUCAAAGCGUCGGUAAACAAUCCUGAGAUGCUUCAAGUUGCUGCUGUUAAUGAGCGAGGAAACCACAGUGUAUAA